UUUGUUUAUUAGAAGCUUGGUUCUAAAUGCGAAGGAAAAUUUUAAUGGCGAUUAAAGUUACAGGGAAAGGUCAACGGUCGCAUUUAGCGGUAGCAGCAGGCAGUGACUAGUAUACACAGAGCAAGAGCCAGAGCAAGAGAGAGACUGAGAGAGAGCGCGGUUGUUGAGAUAGAAACAAGCUCCGGCGGGACCCAUCCGCCAUCUCCAUCUCCCCCAAUCCUCCAUAUAAAUCUCCCACAUUCCGCCAUUGAUCUUCACCAUCACCACCACUACUACCAAUUCUCUCCCACUUACUACUACCCAAUUCCCCUUAUCCUUCUAGAAACAAUGGGUUCGACGCCGGAAACCCAGAUGACUCCGACCCAGGUCUCCGACGAGGAAGCCAACCUGUUCGCGAUGCAGCUGGCCAGCGCCUCCGUCCUCCCCAUGGUGCUCAAAUCGGCGCUCGAGCUCGACCUCCUCGAGAUCAUUACCAAAGCUGGGGCUGGAGCUUACCUUUCCCCUGCCGAAAUCGCCGCCCAGCUCCCCACCAAGAACCCAGAAGCUCCCGCCGUGCUCGACCGCAUCUGCCGCCUCCUCGCUUCUUACUCCGUCCUCACCUGCUCCCUCCGCACCCUCCCCGACGGCGCCGUCGAGAGGCUCUACGGCCCCGCACCCGUCUGCAAGUUCCUCACCAAGAACGAGGACGGCGUCUCCAUCGCCGCGCUCGCACUCAUGAACCAGGACAAGGUCCUCAUGGAGAGCUGGUAUCACUUGAAAGAUGCGGUAUUGGAUGGAGGCAUCCCGUUCAACAAGGCAUACGGGAUGACAGCCUUCGAGUACCAUGGCACCGAUCCAAGAUUCAACAAGGUGUUCAACAAGGGGAUGUCUGAUCACUCCACCAUUACAAUGAAGAAGCUCUUGGAGACCUACACCGGUUUCGAUGGCCUGAAAUCGCUGGUGGAUGUUGGUGGUGGCACUGGAGCUGUGCUCAGCAUGAUCCUUUCCAAGCACCCUUCCAUUAAAGGGAUCAACUUCGAUCUCCCCCAUGUUAUUGCAGACGCUCCUCCGCUCCCUGGCGUCCAGCAUGUUGGCGGCGACAUGUUCGCCAGCGUCCCCUCUGGUCAUGACGCCAUUUUCAUGAAGUGGAUAUGUCACGAUUGGAGCGACGAGCACUGCCUGAAGUUCCUGAAGAACUGCUACGAGGCGCUGCCGGCGAACGGGAAAGUGAUCGUGUGCGAGUGCAUCCUGCCCGUGGCGCCGGACGCGAGCCUGGCGACGAAGAACGUGGUGCACAUCGACUGCAUCAUGCUGGCGCACAACCCGGGAGGGAAAGAGAGGACGCAGUCGGAGUUCGAGUCGCUGUGCAAGGGCGCCGGAUUCAAGGGAUUCAGGGUGCUCUGCUCUGCUUUCAACACCUAUGUCAUGGAGUUCCUCAAGACUGCUGCAUAGAUCGAAUCUCCUCCGCCAUUGAUACUUCUCAGUCGUUUCUUUCUUGUUUUGGGUUGCUCUGUUCUGUGAAUUUGAUUGUUGUUGGUUUUUUUUUUACUUUUACUUUCACCUCUCCACGAUUAGGUAAAGGGAAGAUAGAGCGAAUUGAAGAGUAGUAAAACGGUAAAAAGAAGAGGGAAUGCAGUGAAAAAUAAUGGUAACUUGUUGGUUACUUACCUCUGUAUGCAGCUGCAUCAAAGGGAAACUCAUCCCAUUCCCAUAUUUGGUGAACUGAAAGUGAAUGAAAUGCAGAGUUAUUAUGUGCAAGAUCUUU